AUGUCUCUAGCGGAGCCUGUGGCGCCCGCUAUUAUGACGCCGGUCUCAUCGCAGAACGAGCCCACCAUCGCGGGUGACAGCUCCGCGCUGCCAAUCGCUUCGCCUGCGGCCCUGUCAUAUUUUGCCGCACACCCACGGCGCCCCCAAGUGUACUUUGGCGACUACCUGUUGCUUCAGACGCUGGGUGAAGGCGAAUUCGGCAAAGUCAAGCUGGGUGUGCACCGUCAGUACGGCGAGGAGACAGCGAUCAAGCUCAUCAAGCGAGAGAGAGUCGCUGCGGCUGAGGCAGAAGAGCAGCAGCAGCAGCAUACUCAUGCAGAUGGCUCCAAGAUGAGCAAAGUGGAGCGAGAGAUCUCCGUGCUGAAGCUCCUGCGGCACCCUAAUAUUGUCCACCUGUACGAGGUGAUCGAGUCGGAACGGUACAUCGGCAUUGUGCUAGAGUACGGUGCCGGCGGCGAACUGUUCGACUACAUCCUCGCACAAAAGUGCCUGAAAGAGCGCGACGCGUGCCGCUUGUUCGCGCAACUGAUUUCUGGCGUGUCGUAUCUGCACCGCAAAAAGAUCAUUCACCGCGACUUGAAGUUGGAGAACCUCCUCCUGGACAAGAACCGCAACGUCAUCAUCACCGACUUUGGAUUUGCUAAUAACUUUAGUGCGCGCAGCAACGACCUCAUGGCCACGAGCUGCGGUAGCCCUUGCUAUGCUGCCCCUGAGCUCGUUGUGCAAGAUGGCAUGUACGUUGGCGCAGCCGUCGAUGUCUGGUCGUGUGGUGUAAUCUUGUAUGCCAUGCUGGCCGGCUACUUGCCAUUUGAUGAUGACCCAGCGAACCCGGAUGGCGAUAAUAUCAACAUGCUGUACAAGUACAUCAUGGCCACGCCUCUUUCCUUCCCCGAGUACAUCACCGCCGAGCCUCGCUCGCUUCUCUCUCGGAUGCUUGUGCCUGAUCCGACGAAGCGUGCGACGCUCGAAGAAGUCAUGUCACAUUCAUGGCUUGCACCUUAUCGGGAUCUCUUCCGCUUUUCCGUCGACGAACUUGAGUCAGCCGCCAUCGAGCAGCAAGCGAAGAAGCGCCAGGCUUAUCGUGACCAGAUGGUGCAGCAGCAGAGGCUCAUUGAAAAGCAGUAUGAGAGAUCUCACCAUCAGGACAGUGUGAACAAUGUGCCGGCCAUGCCACAUUCGCAGUCGACGCCCGCUGUGCCUGAACCCAGUGAGGCUGUCGGGUCUGUACCGGCAUCAGCGACCGUUGCCACCAUGCCGGUCUUACCAGAGACUCCUCUUGUCGCCUCUGCCGCUCCCACGCCGCCUGUUGUUCCGACGCCCGCGCCAGUCCCUGUUGCUUCCGAGGCUGACGCUGCUGUCGCCAAGUCUGUCCCACGGGUGGAGACGCCGGCAUCUGGAGUGCCAACCAAAGCUGAGUUUGCGAUGCCUCAGGUGCCGAAAAUGGAGUCUACUGCCGCUGUGCUGCCGACAAAGUCGGAGACAGCUGCACCAAAGCGCAAGAUCGAUACAGACGAGCCCAAGACACGCCCCUCGACAAAGCCACGGAUCCUCUCCAACGAGCUGUCAGACCCAUUUGCGACAAUGGCCAAGGAAGUGGCCAAUUCAUCCCGCAAGUCCUCGCGAGCCUCGGACACGUCGCCCUUGUUCAAGGCAGUCGAUGCCCGUGCAGAGUCCCCGUGGACAUGGAACAUGCCCAAGGCAGACACGCGCGUGUCUUCAACGGAGGUGCCUGUCCCAGCUGCCAAGCCAGAGACACGUUCCCGACGCGCGGCCAGAAUCGCGGGCUGA